GAGUAGGGAAAUUUUUGGUCUUUGUAACACAAAAUGAUAUUAUAAAGUGUAAUAGAGCUCCUCUUUUUUUUUUUGCAUUUCUCUCUCUCUUUUUUUUUUCAGAAUAAAUAUAUGUCUGUUUCUGACUUUUGCAGCGAGAUUUCUUCUUCAAACAUAGUCCGAAGUAAACCUAUAUUCUCUUUGAUCAACAGUAUCUAAGCAUCUUCUAGAUAUUAUUCAAGACUUAUUCUCGUAUAAUACAAUCAAACGAAAACGUGUACUUGAAUACUAUUUCUUUCAUGACGCCACACUGAGUUCACCUGUGAUGAGUACAGAAGGUGUAAAUAACAUUCAAUAUGUCUGUACCAUAUGGCAAACUCUGAAUCGAAAAGAACCAACAAUUACUAAUAUUGUGUUUGAUGGAAAGACAGCUGUUGUCCACUUGAUCCAUAAUUUAUCACCUACUAUUUUACCCAGCUUUGUUCAAUUACAGAUACCUGCAAUUACAACCUUGAGUUUUCGAGAAACCGAGUGUGAUAGUGGACUCUUGAAAAUUUACAAACAACAGGACAGUUGGACAUUAGAAGGUAAAAAUAACAAAAAGGCCAAGCUAAUAUGCAUAUAGGCUUAUUACAGUCUGUGCCUUUGGUUUCAUAUUGGUACAACAAUGUAUUACGUGUUGUUAUGGGUAAACUUCUGACAACAGCAGGUGAUAUCGUGGAUUCAUCUAUUAGUUAUGCACAAAAAAUGUCGAUUCAAGGAAGAGAAAUUCAGCAUUAUGGCCAUGAGCUGGCUAUUGAAAACAUGGAAAAAUUAGAGGAAUAUCGAUCAGGUUUAGAGACGCAUUAUCUGGAAGGGUUAAAAAACUGGAAGCAAGAUUCUUAUUUGCCAUCAAACAUAGACGAUGCAUUGUCGCCUAUUAAAGAAACAAAUCAAGGUGGAUUAUCUUUAGUUGAAGGAGAAAUUGUUUUAUUAGAAGAAGAGGAUGUUGAUCCACAACA